CGAAAAGCGAAGGGGCAUUUGCAGCACCUGUCUUGUGUCUACCUCCACCCCACCCUUCUUGUCAUUAUUUUUGUGUAUAAAUAUAUAUCCAUUUUCAACCAACAACACAUCACAAACCAAACAACUACUAACACAUACACUACUCUCUCUCUCUCUCUUAUUGUAUGGCCGCCAAUUCCAGUAGCCGAGGGAUCACCGCCUUAGGGAAGCGAGUCGCCAACCGGAUCUGGACUUCCAACGCACCUCCUCUCACUUCAAGGAGGGGAGCAUACAGUAGCGGCUCAGUGUACGACAAGAACCCUGAUGAUGAGAUCCAGUCUGGGCAGGUCCCAGACGAUGUGAUCCAGGCGGCAACACAAUCCGGCAAAUACUGGGCCCCACAUCCACAGACUGGGGUAUUUGGGCCCCCCGGAGGAGGUGACCAAACUGCUUCUGCCAUUCACUCUGAUGCGCUGGAGGAGAAGGCCUGGUUUCGCCCCACCAGUCUCGAGGAUUUCGAGAAGCCUCACACCCUUCCUUAACAACCAUUGGAGGACAUCAUAUUAUAAUACUAAAUUAAAUAAACACUGUGUCAGCCUCUCAGGUGUGUCCUUGGUUUCCUUCCUCCAACUAGCUGUUUAAUUACUCCUCAGCUUCAAACUGCACUGCAUGCUCCGCUGUACCGGAGCAUACCAGUAACAUGAACUACCUUAUGCAUCAUGUAUUUCUCUUUUCAUGCAACUUUAAUGUUAGACUUAUUAUUAUUAUCAUGCUUAUUGCUACUA